GCAGAGGAGAAGGGUCAUACUUUAUGUUUCUAGCUACACAAGCAAGCUCUGUUAAUAGAAAGGUUAUCAGAUCAGAAUGAGCGAACCGUGAUGACUUAAUAUUUUCAUGCAUUCCUUCAGCAUCAUGCCUUCUUGCUUGAGCGCAUUGAUUGUACAUUGAUGCAGUCAGAGACCACAAAGGGAGGGUCAGAGCAGGUGAUAGGUAGGAGGAGAUCCAUUUAAACAAACCUGCAGAGGGGAUUUGGUUUUCUCAUUUAGAGUUUUAACAAACAAGUGAAAAGACAUGAGGAAGUACGGUUGGGAAGGUUUUAAGGAUUUAAUUUUGAGGAAUCCUGCCGUCGUUGAUCAGGAUCCACACGUAGAUGCUGGGGAUGAAAAUACUGAGCGUGGGAACUGGUCGAGCAAGAGGGAUUACAUACUCUCCAUGAUUGGCUAUGCUGUCGGACUGGGAAAUAUUUGGAGGUUUCCAUACUUGGCAUACAAGAACGGAGGGGGGGCCUUUCUUAUUCCUUACUUCACAAUGCUCGUGGUGACAGGAAUCCCUCUUUUCUUCCUCGAAAGUGCCUUUGGUCAGUUCUGCAGCCAGGGUCCGGUCAAUGUUUGGAGAGCAGUGCCGAUCCUGCAGGGUGUUGGCAUAGGGAUGAUGCUGGUGACUCUGAUUGUGUCUAUUUACUACAACGUCAUCAUUGCCUACAGCCUGUACUACAUGUUUGCCUCCAUGCAGUUUCCUCUUCCGUGGUCCGGCUGCCCAAACCGAACUGAUACCAACUGCAGUGACACACCUAUAGUAUAUUGUAACCUGAGUGGUGUUUUGAUGGCCAACUGGACUCAGGACAACAACACUUGUAAUGCAUCCAACAUAAUCACUCCAGCAGUCCAGAGCCCAAGCGAGUACUACUGGGAUAAUGUGGCUCUGCAGAGAUCCAGUGACCUGAGUGAAACAGGACCAAUAGUUUGGCACCUUGCUCUUUGUCUGCUGUUGAGCUCCAUCAUUGUAGCUGCAGCUCUGAUCAAAGGCAUCAAGUCAUCAGGAAAAGUUGUGUACUUCACAGCCACGUUUCCUUACGUGGUGAUUUUGAUCCUGCUGAUCAGAGGCGUGACACUAGAGGGAGCAAAAGACGGGAUCGAGUUCUACAUCGGCAGCAAGUCCAACCUGACCAAGCUGGCUGAGGCCCAGGUGUGGAAAGAUGCUGCAACCCAGACCUUCUACUCACUCUCUAUCGGCUGGGGAGGACUCAUGACCCUCGCUUCCUACAACAACUUCCACAACAAUGUGUUCAAAGACUCGUUUGUUGUGACUCUCACUAAUGCUGGGACCAGUGUGUUUGCUGGCUUUGCUAUAUUCUCCAUACUGGGCCACAUGGCUCACGUCUACAAAAUACCAGUUGAAGAAGUGGUGAAGGAAGGAUUUGGUUUGGCCUUCAUUGCUUAUCCAGGAGCUCUCGCUAAGCUUCCCAUUUCCCCACUGUGGUCCAUUUUGUUCUUCUUCAUGCUUCUGACUGUUGGUCUGGACUCUCAGUUUGCUGGAAUAGAGGUGUUAGUCACCUGCCUGCUGGAUGCUUUCCCCAAAGCCUUUAAGUCAAAGCGGGCCCUGCUGACGAUAGCUACGUGUUCAGCCCUCUACCUUCUGGGCCUGCCGUGCGUCACAACAGCUGGAAUAUACUGGGUGACGCUCAUCGACCAGUUUGUUGCCAGCUGGGUGCUGCUAAUUCUGGUUCUCUUGGAGCUCAUUGGUCUCUCCUACAUAUAUGGAGGGAACCGUUUUAUUGAAGACAUUGAGAUGAUGAUUGGGAAAAAAUCCUUUGGUUUCUGGCUGUGGUGGAGGGCAUGUUGGUUCUUCAUCAGCCCCUGCAUUAUACUGGUCAUCUUGGGAUGGUCUAUAGCAACCUUUGUAUCCCCCACAUAUGGAAAAGUAGACUUCCCAUCCUGGGGCUUGGCUCUGGGUUGGUGCAUGACGGUUUUUGUCCUGAUCUGGUUCCCUGUUGUCGCCAUUUAUAAGCUGAUAAAAGCCAAAGGAAGCCCCUGGGAGCGUUUAAAGUCACUGUGCUCCCCAUCCAAGAAGUGGCAUCCCUUCCUGGACAUCCAUCGAGGAGAGCGCUACUCGACAGACCGAUGCAUCCAGGAGAAGGGCAGGAAAAAUCAGCCCGAGGUUAAUGUGAUCUCCAGCUCAUGGCUUUAAUGCACCUGUUAAUCUAUUUACCUGCUGACUGCUGUAUGCGUGACAUUUCCCACAAUAUAUAAAAAAAUAUAUUUUAUUGCAUUGUGUUUAGUGAAAGUUCACAGUAAUUUGGACCAAUGUUGUAGACUUUUUUUAAAGCCAUAGAGGAAAGUUUUACCAAUACUGCCCAAUGGGGUUUUCAUCUAAAUCUAAACUUACUCCUAAAAUGUAAUAUUUUUAUCAGAUUACUUGGAGUUUUGUCUAUUUCCUUCUUUCAUAUUUUUAUUAUUAUUUUUUUAAACGAGUUUAGCAUUUCUUUGAGACAAUUUUACAAGGUGACAAUCUGCUAUUGACUCAUUGUGACUGUGUUUGUCAGCAACGUUGUUAGAUCCCAUAGAGAAACAUAAGUUUCAAAAUUAUACAGACAAGAAGAUGUACCCUCCAAGUAUAGAUAAAUCAGGACAUGAACAAAAAUUGUCUGUAUAUUACAGCUGGAUGUUAUUAUACAACGUCUUGCAAAAGUCUAAUAGCCUCUUAUGUUUUUUUCACCCCAUGGAAACCAACCCGUGAGGAUGCUUUUCUUUAGCAGGGACUUUUUUUUUAGCUUACAUGUAAAAACAAUAUGGGUUCAUCAGCACCAUGAAACAUACUGGUGGCGGCAUCAUGCUGAGAGGACACUUUUCUUAAGUUGAUGAGAAGGUGGAUGGAGCUAAAAUAAAGGGUAAUCCUAGAUUAAACAUGUAAGAUGGUACAAAAGCAUUGAGACUGUGGAAAAGAUUUACCUUAAAAAGGACUCGUAACAUACAGUCAGAGCUACAGUGGAAAGGUUUAGAUUAAAGGAUAGUCAUGUGUUGAAUGGACCAGGCAAAUGCUAGACUCAAAGCAGAACAAGAAUCUGUUUAGAUACUUGAAAAUCGUUUUUCACAGAAGCUUUUCACCCUGUCUGAGCAGGCUUGAGCUAAUUUUACUCAGUAGGGCUGGUGGGGAUGGGGAAAUAUGCACAGCUUUGUGUUGAUCUGUCAAAUAAAAUCCUCGGAAAACAAAGGAGUUUGUACGUAUAAUGUAUCGUAACAAAAUGGGGAAAAAGGUCAAAUGGCAAGAAAACAUUUGCAAGUCAAGCAGUCAACUUCACAGCAUGUAAUAGCCCCUAUUCAGGUAUGGGAGUAUCAACCCUGUUCGGAUUGUCUUUUCAUUCCCCCGUAUAGUGACCUAAGCUACCCUCUGUUUUUCUUGUCUGACUCAUAAUUUAGUUUUAUUGUUCCAUCCAUGUCAUUGUGCUUUUUUUAACCACCUCUGAGCAGUCAGAUAACCAUUAUCCUGGGAGCUGUAGGGUCUCUUUUAAAGCCUUUGUAUCUGCCACCUAAUUACCUCAGUGAGCAAGCACCUCACAGCUGGCACACACACACACACACACACACACACACACACACAUACAAACUCACGGCCCUGCUCGGUUUCGUAACAACGACAGGGUCACUCCCAGGUUAACCACAAGUUUAGCUGUAUCAGAUAAAAUACAUUUGUUUAUGAUUCAUACUUUUUCCAUCUCAAAACAUCGUCCCUGCAGAUCAAAGAUACACACACAGCCUAAGUCAGUCAGUAAAUAGCACUGACUAAUCCACAGUCAUGUUCUCCUUACAUGCAUGAUUGUUUGGGGGAUUUUAUUUAUUACACUAAGAUGUUUAUUUUUGUGGUAACU